AUGUGCAACAGCUCACUCUUUACAGAGGUGCCACAUGACAUCACAACCCACAGUGGUGAGGAUGUAGAGAUGGCUUGUUCUUUCCGUGGGGCGGGCCCAUCCUCCUACUCUCUGGAGAUCCAGUGGUGGUACAUAAAGAACCACAGAACCUGGCGUGAGAAGCCUGCUGAUAUCACUAAUAGCGUUUUAAGCCUGGGGGAGAUGUCCAAAGAUGCCACCAAAAUUAGCGUGGUUAAAGUUGCAGGUAGCAACAUCUCCCACAAACUCCGUCUCUCCAGCGUCAGAGCAUCAGACGAGGGCACGUACGAGUGUCGCGUCAUUGACUACAGUGGUCCCGUGGCGCAGCACCACCGGGUCUGGGCCUACCUUCAGGUGGAGCCCGGAAAGCCUGAGGAGCCGGAUGAGGUCCGACUGCAGCAACCGGGACACCGUUCACAGGGGAGUCUCUCACACUCCCCCCAUAACAGGGAGGCCAGCAAGCUGAGGAAGGCUACAGCUGGCAGCACUGCUGACUGUAAUGAGAGCUGUGAGUUUUAG